AUGAAGUACCUUCAUUUACUAUUGCCUCUUUCUGCUGCUAUUAAGCUCGGUUCAACAGCGCCCAAUAAAGGUACACCUUGUUCUAACAAGGCGAACAACCGCGCUGACUGGUGUCGAUACAAUAUUCACACGGACUACUACACAGUCGUUCCGGAUACUGGAGUAACCCGUGAGUACUGGUGGGUUCUAGAGGACGGAAUCCUCUCGCCUGAUGGAGUUCCUCGCUAUACCCAGACCAUCAAUGGCUCAUACCCAGGGCCGACCCUCUUCGCCGACUGGGGAGACAACGUCAUUGUCCAUGUAACCAAUAAAUUAACCCAGUCCAAUAAUGGUACCUCUGUUCACUUCCACGGCAUUCGACAACAGAACAAUAGCCCAAAUGACGGAGUACCGUCUAUCACGCAGUGUCCAGUGGCUCCUAAUGAUACUAUCACUUACAAAUGGCGUGCCACCCAGUACGGUACUACUUGGUACCACUCUCACUUUGGUUUGCAGGCCUGGGAAGGUCUUGCCGGUGGUAUCAUCAUCAAUGGGCCAGCAAGUUCAAACUAUGAUGAAGAUAAGGGCGUUAUAUUCCUCUCUGACUGGACUCAUCCGACUCCAGACUCACUUUUCGAUUAUAUUGAGACAGUCGGUCCCCCUACUGUCAAUAACUCUCUGAUCAACGGGACCAACGUCUGGUCAGAAGAUGGGUCGACUAAUCAAGUUGGGUCGCGCUUUACUACCAAGUUUGAAUCUGGUACCUCCUAUCGUUUGCGUCUCAUCAAUGGGGCCAUUGACACUCACUUCAAAUUUUCGAUUGACAAUCAUGACAUGACUGUUAUUGCCUCUGAUCUCGUCCCGAUCAACCCAUAUACUACGGAGUACAUAGAUAUUGGAAUCGGUCAACGUUAUGAUGUAAUCGUUAAUGCUGAUCAAUCCGACGUUGCGGAAAAUUUCUGGAUGCGAGCAAUUCCGCAAAGUGCAUGCGCGACUGAACCAUACCCUGGCAACAUCAGGGGCAUUAUCUAUUAUGGCGAUUCACCUGACACACCCACCACAACCAAUUUCUCUAUCCCUGAUAGUUGCGGCGAUGAGACCGAAAACCUCUCGCCUAUUGUUGAAAAAAAUGUGUCAGCUCAUCCCAAGUGGUCUGAAAGCGAAAACGUCACCAUAAUCGAUUCAGGCAACGGUAUUUUCAAGUGGGCAGUGAAUAAUGUUUCAAUGGCGGUCGACUGGAAGGAUCCAUCUUUGAUGCAGGUCUACAAGAAAGAGUCCAAUUGGUCUACUACAGCUGGUGUUAUUGAGCUAGAUGAAGCCAAUGAUUGGGCUUAUAUCCUUGUUGAUUCGACUUUGCCCAUCCCUCAUCCAAUCCACUUACAUGGACAUGACUUUUUCGUGUUAGCACAGGGGACCGGUGUCUACAAUUCUUCUGACAUCGGCAGUCUUUCCAACCCUCCGCGUCGCGACACUGCUAUGCUCCCGAGCGAUGGUUACCUGCUGCUCGCCUUCCAAACUGACAACCCUGGGGCAUGGCUGAUGCACUGUCAUAUUGGCUGGCAUACUUCCGAGGGCCUGGCCAUUCAAUUUAUUGAGCGAUACAGUGAGAUUCGUGGCACAAUAAAGGACUAUAGUUCCAUGAAAUCGACGUGUGAUAAUUGGGACGCGUGGCAGACCUUUCCUGACAUUGACUCGGGGUUUUAG